AUGGCCAAGCAACCAGGAGCAAUGGACUUUUGUCUGAUAGAAGGCCUCUCUGAGGAUACAUUGGUUGAAAAUUUAAAACAACGAUUCGCUGCUGACGCAAUUUAUACAUACAUUGGCAACGUAGUGGUAGCAUGUAAUCCAUACAAAAAGAUUGAUUCGCUAUACACGCAGCAGCAGAUUAUGCAAUACCGCGGAGCAAACUACUUUGAAGUAUCUCCCCACAUUUACUCGCUCGCUGACUCUGCAUAUGGCAGUAUGAUUUCGUCGGGAAGAGAUCAGGUUGUGAUCAUCUCUGGUGAAUCAGGUUCAGGCAAGACUGAGGCUUCUAAGAUAUUCAUGAAAUAUGUAGCUGCGGUAUCCGCUUCUACUGAGAAAGUGGAUCAUAUCAAAGAUCAGUUGUUGAACUCGAACCCAUGUUUGGAAGCUUUUGGUAACGCCAAGACUACCAGGAAUGAUAAUUCUUCGAGGUUUGGAAAGUAUAUGGACAUACAGUUUGAUUAUAAGGGUGUUCCACAGGGAGGUCGUAUUACUACGUAUCUUCUCGAAAAGAGUCGUGUUGUACAGCCCGCGGAUGGAGAACGAUCCUUCCAUAUCUUCUACCAACUUCUUCGUAGUGAAGACCAAUCCCUCCUCCAAAAACUCAAACUGACAUCCAACAUAUCCGAUUACGAAUACCUCUCCAAAUCAAAUUGCGAUACCGUACCCGGAGUCGAUGAUAAAGUCGAAUUCGCCAAUGUUUUGAAUGCUUUGAAAACUAUUGGUAUUUCGCCUAAAGCCCAAGAUGCGUUAUUCGAUGGUAUUGCUGCCAUCUUGCAUUUGGGAAAUGUUAAAUUUGAGAGGGAUCAAGUUGUGGAAUGUGCUGAUCCUUCGAGUAAUGAAAAGUAUGAAGAGGGAAGCAAGAUUAGCACUCCUGAUGCUGUUUUAAAAAUCGCAUCAUGUCUUGGAAUAUCCGCCGAGAAACUCACCAAAGCGUUGACAAAACGUUCAAUCCAAGACAAGCACAAGAAACAAAACAUUACCGUCCCUCUGACAACCGAACAAGCAAGCCAUACUCGAGAUGCUCUUGCUAAAGCGCUUUAUGGUCGUCUGUUCGGAUACUUGGUUUCGCAGAUCAAUGCACUCAUUGGAUCUAAAGACAAGACACAGUCAAGACGCUCUGUUAUGGGUGUGCUGGAUAUUUACGGGUUUGAAAUUAUGUCCAAGAAUUCGUUUGAGCAGUUUUUGAUCAAUUACUGUAACGAGAAAUUGCAACAACUCUUCAUCCAGUUGACGUUGAAGGGCGAACAAGAAGAGUAUGCUAAAGAACCAAUCUGCGAACUGAUUGAAGGAAAACCACGAGGAGUUCUCGCACUGCUAGACGAACAAUGCAACAUGCCUGGUGAUGUCACAGACAAGACAUUCUUGGACAAGUUGGACUCCCAAAUCACACAAAACAAGUUCUACGAUUCACGAGUAAAGUCAAGAAACGACAAGGCUUUAGCUGCUAAUCCCGCUGCAUUCUUGGUUAAGCAUUAUGCUGGCGAUGUACUAUAUCAAGUUGAUGGAUUUGUUGAAAAGAAUAAGGAUUUUUUAUUCCGUGAUGUCCUAUAUCUCAUUAACGAGAGUUCGAAAUCUGAAUUUGUGGAGAUCUUCCCUGAAACUGCAAGAGACGAUGUCAUGAAACGUCCAGAAUCGCUUGGAAACCAAUUCAAGUCAUCAAUGGGCUCGUUGAUUGAAAACUUGAUGACCAAGAAUCCUUACUACAUUCGUUGUUUGAAACCUAAUGGAGAAAAGAAGGGAGAUGUGUUUGAUGAAGAGCUUGUUCGUCACCAAUGUCGAUACCUGGGGUUACAAGAAAGUGUCCGCGUUCGUCGCGCUGGUUUCUCAUACCGUACCACAUUCACAAAGUUCCUCGAUCGAUACAAGAUGCUUGGUGGUAGAGACACAUGGCCAACCUACAAGGGAGAUGUCAAGGAAGGAAUCAUUAAAAUGAUGGAUGGUUUGGGAUUCAUUGAAUCAAAAGAUUAUCAAUUGGGUCUUACUAAAGUCUUUGUGAAGAAUCCAAAGACUUUGCUCAGCUUGGAAGAAAGGAGAAAUGCCCACAAGGACAUUUUAGCUACCAAGAUCUCAGCUCGAUACAAGGCUUACAUUGCCUGCAAAAAAUAUAAGAGGACUCGUCAGUUGGUCAUUAGACUACAAGCUAAUGUUCGUCGAACCCAGUAUCGUCGACGCUUUGUAGCCAUGAUUCUGGGCAUCAAAUUGCUCAACCGGGUUGGACGUGGAUACUUGGUCAGGAAAUGGUACAGACACGCUAAAAUGGCCAUGCCGAAAUACGCGGCACCAACGAUCCAAAGAGUCUUCCGUCAUUACAUGUACAGAAAGUACUUUUUGAAUGCUCGUGAUGCAUGUAUUAAGGCUGGCAAGGAAUGGAGGACUAUGAAAUGGCCCAAGAUUGCACAGAACCGGAAAUCCAAGAUUGCUGUGGAGCUGAUGAAAACGAUCUAUUGUCGCGUUAUGGCAAAAUCGUACCGAAAAUCUCUAACCGCUGAACAAACGGAAGCUUUGGCUUGGAAGGCCAGCGCUUCAGAUUUUUUGAGUAAAAAGGCUACGUAUGGCUCAACGCUUCCUAUCAAGUUCGUCCCAGACCACAUUGAACUUGGCGGCAAGAAAGUGAAGUGGACAGUCCCACAAUCUGAAACACUGCUUUCUGCUAUCCCUGCUGUUAAACACCACCGUCACAAUGCCUCCAAAGCAGUUGAACGAUACCUCGUCUUAACCGACACCCAAAUUUACUCACUCGAAGGCUCAACAAGCAAAGAAUCCAUUCAAUUGACAAACAUUUCGGGUGCAUCAUUGUCACUUUUACGAGAUGGAUUCUUUGCUCUGCAUGUUCGUGGAGAAGCAAGGGGAGAUGUGCUGUACCGAUCUGAUGAAUAUGCUAUUGAGUUCGUCAGUCGGAUUAUUGCUGCCCUCAAGGCCAAGAAGCGAGUGAUGAAGAUAUCUGUUGACAACAAAUUGCAAAUCAACAUACCCAAGAACUCAAAUACGCAAACAAUCAACGUGGAAUUCAAGGCCGUUCCUAAUACUCCAACUCCUACGAUACAAGCCAAGGGAUCCAAUAACUUUAUCAUUACGACCCAAUAA